AUGACCCACUCCUGCUGCUCCCCUUGUUGCCAGCCCAGCUGCUGCACAACCACCUGCUCCCAGCCCACCUGCUACACAACCACCUGUUGCCAGCCCACCUGCUCUGGGUCCUGCUGCUACCAGCCUUGCCGCCGCCCAACUUGUCAAACCACCUGCUGUACCACCAGCUGCCAACCAGUUUGUCAGACCAGCUGCUGCCGUCCUUCCUGUUGCAGCACACCCUGCUGCCAGCCCACCUGCUCUGUGUCCAGCUGUGCUGGCCAAACCAGCUCUUGCUCUGGCCCCGUGUACUGUCGGAGAACCUGCUACCGCCCAACAUGUGUCUGCCUGACUAGUGGCCUACCCCAGAGCUUCGGAUCCAGCUGCUGCCAACCUUCCUGCUGCUGA